AUGUAUUCUGCUGUCGUCUUCCUCGCCAAACACCUCGAGAUCGAUUCCCUCGAGGUCACACACUUCACCGUCUCCUGUUUCCACGACUACGUGACCGGCUUUCUCAACAACAACAAAAACAACAACAACAACAACAACAACAGCCACCCGAACACCCUCGACCCCGAGCUUGCACAAAUCAGGGCCAGGCACACGGCCGAGGCUCAGCAAGCCUGGGGCCAGGACGCGCACGCCACCGCCUUCGUGCUGCGGGUGCUAGACCACGUCUUCAUCAAGGGGCUUUUCGUCAAUGGCUGCUGCACCGUCGAGGAGGCGGUCUGCCAAAUCCAUCGGCGGCUCUGCAUGUUGCAGUCGAUCUGGCUGGAGAAUGGUGUGUGGGUCGGAGACCGGGCGCUUCAGACGGAGCUCAAGAGCGCCCUGGCGAAGGUCAUGAGAGACGUGGAGCUGGAUUGGGCAGUAUGCUAA